UUCCUGUGAAAUCUUCGAAACGUCAAUUGGAAAUUAACCAACGUUUGUAAUAAUCGUCCAUGUGGCAUCAAAUGGGUGCCCAAAACCCUCCAAGACUUCAAUUUCCCAAAGUUCUCAACUUCUCUCUCGAAUUAGUUCUGGUGCCAUACCCCGAUACGAUUCUACGAGAACAAGAAAUGGUUGGCGGUAAAUCUUCGAAACGUCGAUUGCGAAUUAAACAACGUCUCUAAUCACUCACCCAGCCCGGUUUCCCGCCAAACGAUACCCGUAUCCGCGAGAAUAGUCGCGAGACGCGUACGCGCAGCAGCUGGAACGUCGAUUCGUGCAUCAGUGGAAGCGCUGGCGAUGGGUGGGAGUGGAACUGGAGAAAGCAAGAAAACGGUUAAGGUAGCGGAUGGGCGGCCGUUGGUGGUGGAUGCGAUGGAGGAUGGAACGACGCCGACGGACGGGUAGUAGCGUCGGUGGAAGCAGCGCAAAGCAGACGCCGAGUGGCGGCGUCGAAAGGGGGAGGCGGGGGUGAUGGUGGGGGGAGCGAGUGGCAGUAGAGCGGCUCGUUUAGCACGCAGGAUCAGCUUGGGGGAGAGCCUCGCUCCGUCGGUUUUACCUCGCGCUGGCUAGUAGCUCUGCCGCAUUCGUACGUGAUACGAAAGACACGCGACACAAUUACUUAUAGGCGGCUAGAAUCGUUCUUAAACCGUCUAUCACCAGUGCAUCUCGGUGGGCGUUCGAGCGCGAGGCUAAUUGGUGUUGGGAAAUUUGUCCCGGUGACAGAGUGAACGAACCGAGAAUAUAUUCCUCGCUGAGGGAAGAAGGGACGAAGAGCCAGGAAACGAUUAAAGGAGGCUCCGAGUGUGUGUUAUCAUUUUAUUUGAUCGCGUACACCUCGCUGCGAGCUGUCCAAGUCUCGAGGCAAUUCGAGGUAAACGGGAACACGUACCACGGGUGUUGUUGUCGAUGGUGUAACGAGAGAGUUCAGACAGUCUAUUUCUGCGGUUUCACGAUUUUUCUCCUUACCCGUUUCUUUACUCUCUUCCUUCCUUUUGCCACGGGUCCGAUCUGGUCCGCGAAACGUCGGCGUUAACGAUUUGCCCGCGGCUUGUCAGCGAUGCCAUACUCUUCGAAGCUCUGUUUCUUGUCCUGACUCGCGAUCGAUGUCACACGUGUGUUCCCAUGAAAAAGUCCCCCGUCACGAGAGAGUAUCGUAAUCGCGUUUCCAGUUCUGGCGUUGGCAGGACGCGUGGAUGGUUUUACGCGGCCCGAACCAUCGAUGAUUUGUGCGUGCACGUAAAGGAUAGACGGGAGGAGUGCGAGGAUUCAAGUGUUACGUAGGAAAGUUUUUUUUUUUUGCUCUCGUGUGUUGUGAAAGAAGAAGGUGGGGGUGUCCUUUUUGGAAACAACUGAGAAAUUUUGCGAGCGAAUUUCGGUUGCUCGGGAACCUCAUUGGUCCAACCGCUGAACUUUGCGACGAGUCAGUUCUCUCACUCGUGGCCGUGUGCACGCAUUCGAGUAUCGCGGUCUUCCUGUUCAACGUGUGAUUUUGACGUUCAAAGUGAGACGACGGUGGAAGGGAGCCCGCAGUUUCAACCAAGCCGCGUCGUUAAAGGGCGCCUCGUCACAUCGUAGGAUUCGCUACGUUAAUCAACUGACUGCAAAAUGGGUUGUUUUGGGAGCAAAGACAAGUUGAGCAAAGAGGAUAUGGAUUUCCUAAAGUCGCACACGAGAUAUGACGAAGCGACUAUAAAGGAAUGGUACAAGGGAUUUAAACAAGACUGCCCGAAUGGCCGAUUAACGCCAGCGAAGUUUGUCGACAUGUACAAAAUGUUCUUCCCGUCUGGCAACGCGGAGGAAUUCUGUGAUCAUGUCUUUCGAACAUUCGACAUGGACAAAAAUGGCUACAUCGAUUUUAAGGAGUUUCUGUUAGCCAUAGACGUAACAUCCAGUGGAACGCCGGAAGAAAAACUGAAAUGGGCCUUCCGCAUGUACGAUGUCGAUGGAAAUGGCGUAAUCGAUAUUCAAGAAAUGACGAAGAUCGUGCAGGCAAUAUACGACAUGCUCGGUGCGUGUUCCAGUAAUAGGCCAGCGGACAGCGCGGAGGAAAGAGCAAAGAACAUCUUCGCAAAGAUGGAUGAGAACAAUGACGGUCAGCUGACUCAGGACGAAUUUUUGAAGGGUUGCCUCCAGGACGAGGAGCUCUCAAAGAUGCUGGCUCCCUAAUUCCGGGGCGUCGCUUACUAACGUCGUUCUCACAAUGCCCAAAUGAAGGAGACGUUCCACACCAAAUACUAAGCAACCGAACAACUUCCUCGACAAAAACAAUCUCAGAAACACCGAUGUCUUGAAUACGAACGAUUUUUAGUACGAGAUUACGCCACACGAAUGCGGUCGUUGUUACGGUUUGACGAGAGAAAUCCGUCUGAACGCGCGCAACGGUUCCCCCUCCCGCCUCCCAGACACAAUCGACAAAGAGUGUUGACGAUAAUUAAAAAAAAAAAAAAAGAAAGAGAGAGAGAGAGAAAUAAAUAAAUCGUUCGAUUUUCUGUAAACGAACUCGCUGGAUCUCGAGUCGAGUCACCGAAUCACGUAAUCUUCCCGAAGGAGUUCCCGCAUACGAAUUUGGAGAGGUACGCGCGAGAUAUACGUGAAACACGAGGACUAUAAAUCGUUUGGCGGCUUGGGAUAAGAAGAAGAACAAUCGUUCGCGUCUCGCCAAACGAAGGAAAUGAAAAAAAGCAAACAGAACGGAGCCUGAAACACUUCAGAUACCGAACGGAAAGAGGACAACGAUUCGCAUCGACGAUUCUGCCAGGAGGGCAAUCACCGAUCGACGAUUUCGCGUUGCAUCUAAGCAGGACUUUAUGAUACCGGGGCGAUUUAUCGAUUAAUCGCAUCGGAGCGACGUUUGUUAACCAACCGAUGCUGCUAUGACAAGUAUCGUAUGAUUGAUGUUUAAGGUAAACGUAACUACUAGACGUAAAUUCGACGGGAUUUUUCAAUAUUUCGAGAUCGAACGAGACAGGCGGCCCACCCAAGCUCGUUUCGAACUUGAACAAGGGGGAAACAAAUAUAAGAGAAAAACAAAGCACUAGGCGAAGCACAAGGAUGAUUUCGCGGGUGAUGAUCAACACAACGAAUCGCAAUGACGGUACUGUCGAGUAGGUAGGGGAGAUUCUCGAUCGAGGAACACAGUUUUAUAUCGCACGAUAUGCGCGCCUCUCUUCCUAACAAACGUACAAAACUCUCGUCGUUGUGUCUUACGCGUGUGUAAAGAGCGUGCACGUCGUGAUCAGAACUUUACGUUUUAGGUUUUUCCCAGAGAGAAGAAAAAUAUAUAUAUGAAAAGUAAAAAACAUUGUUUACAGUUGCCGCAAAUUGUUACCCGUUGUGCUUGCGCCAUUCAGUUCUCGACGAUGCACGUGCAAGGCUCUUUCUUACGUAAUGCACAAUGGUCAUGUUACGAUUAAUACAAUAAAUUUAUUAUAUACGUCAUGUAAUAUACACCUAUUAUACUACGCAUACAUUAUUAACCGUUAGCGGUCCAAGUACUCAUUCUAGGGAUAGACAAAGUUUCGCGUUGCGUAGGUCCAAGUACUAGCAUUUUUUAUUUUAUUUGAAAGUUCUUUAAUUAAGUUUGACGUAAGGUGAUUUAUAAACUACGCGUUUUUUUUUUUGUUUCAUUUUAUUCACGCUAUAUGGAAAAAUAUAUAUCUCACGUUUCUCAUGUAACGAAUACGAAUUCAAUGUACAACAUUUUUUGUUUAUUUUUUUAACACUAUAUACCGGGAGCCUAAUUAUAGGCUCUUUAAUUACAGUAUGGAACGUGCAAGACACCUAUUACUUGUGUUGUUAGUUGUCUACUUACAGUGUUCAAUAUGGGGAAACAGACGAGGCUUUUGGUGUAACUAGAACCAAAGUAUGCAGAAGUUAAUGUCAGCCUACAUUAAUGUAGAAAAUCCUCUUCUAAAUCGUAGACUGUUUCUAAAUAAUCUGGUAGUUGAAGUGUUAAAAACGAAAAUAGAGAUUUGCUAACGUAUUUUCAAAGUUCCAUGAAAUUUACUCUGCAAAGAAUUCCUCGCGAACUGUUUAUUGUUACGAAACUCGUGAUCAAAUAGUACAAUGUGUUCACGUUAUAAAUAACUAAGCAACACUCAAAAAAUAUACCCAUCGUUUUUACUUGGCACUUUGUCUCUACAAAUGCUUCGUUUAUUUAACAUUUUUCCUGCAAAUAACGAUCUAAAUCUUUCGUCAGGUGAUUUAAACACAGAAAAUAAACCUAUCGACUAAAUUUUUCCUAAUUACAAUAAAUAAAAGCUUCUCGUGAUUGAUCCAACCGACAACGUAAUUUCUGUUCGUAAAAAAUAGUCGAACUUGGCACUUUAUCAACGCGUCGAAAACUUAGACCGCUAAGGGCUAAUUACACGACAAAUCUGUGUGUAUACAUGACAUUCUACGUAUAUACGAAUAUAUAGAUAAAUAUAUAUUUAAAUAUAUAUAUAUUAGAAUAUAUAUUUGAAUAUGUACAUAUAUACAUAUACGCAUAAUGUCAUGCAUAUCAUAUUUAGGUAUGAUAUAUUUGUAUUGUAAAUGUACACCGCGGCCCACGCGUUCGCGAAGAUGUCUUCGCAAUCUGCAUCAGAUUCCGACGCUCCCAGCGUAGACGCAAAUUCGAGGGCCGGUGAUGCACCUCGAGGAAGUCAUGUAUUCAUAAAUGUUGUACCUAUGUAUAUUGCUUGAAGAUAAGGAGGCACGUUCGAAAGCUGAAAUCGACGGUAGAGCCGAGAUUACGAAACUUCGAGUUCGACGGAGAAAUAUAGCAGCGAUAUCGUCCUCCUAAAUGUACCCCUCCCUGGCUUAACAUUGGUUCGCGAAAGGAUUAUGUUACCACAUCGUUAGCCUGAUGCUGCUGUUCACAGAGUAUCAUGCGCAGAAAUUUAUUUUUUACCAAAAAAUAUAACGAUUAUAUAUUUCAUGAAAAAAUACAAUGCGUUGAAUGGAGCAAGAUAUCCAAUACAACGCUGUGGGAGUUUAAGUUUUAUUUUUAACAUUCGAAACAAGAAAUAGUUUUUUUUUUGUUUUUUUUUGUUUGUUUUUUAAAGUAAAAGAAAAUCGUAAAUUUUUUAUUUAUUAAAACACGAGAAUUCAUUCUGAAUUAUCUUCUUCAUAUUUUCUACAAAGUUCCGUUUCACUAGAUAUACCCACAGUCGAUCCCAUGAAAAAAUAGAAACGUAAUUUUAACCUAAGGACUCACAAUGGACAAAGCAUAAUUACUAUGUACCACGCCCGAUAACGCCUAAGUAAAUCGUAACUUUGCCUUACUGGCUGGCAAUGUGUUAAAUGUCUCUCCAGUAGCGCACCAUUGUUUCGCGAAGGGACAAUGUUAAGAACAAUUCAAUUCGCGAUCGAUGAAUUCCUUUGUAAUUGAGGACUUUCGAGGUCGAUUGUGAAACAAUUGGAUCCAGCGCGUAGCGAUUCUCUGCUAUAACUUACCGGUACGCACGCAAUCUUCUGCUACUUUCUAUAGUCUUAGAACGGUGUUCGGUAGUUUCGUUUAAUCUCUAAUGUGUCAUUCGACGAAUCCACGUGUUCUUCCGGUUGUGUGCUAACAAAUAAUCUCACGGUUAACGUGGCUUGACGUAAAUGGAAAACGUAAAUUGUAGAUAGAGUAUCUAGGAAUUUUAGGUAAAUGUGUCUGUUCGAGAAAAUGGGCAAUACCGCUAGUUUCUUUUUAUGAAAAAAUGGACGAAACAUCGCUAGAUUCAACGUUCAUUAGUCCUAGUUGUCUUUACAUGGCCUCGUUUUCAUUCUGAUUUCUAUGGUGCCAGUUUCGAUCUAUUAUGUCUGUCCUUUGGAUCCUGGGUAUCUAUUUCUUCUUUGCAAUUGUCAAAUGUUACUGGUUAUCGUGGGGAGCAGGAAAUUAGGCGUCUGCAAGGCUAGCACGGUUGAACAAAGAUUUGAAAUUAUAAACAACAGUUGUACGUAUGAAGAUUCAAAUAAGAACAUUAUUUUAAAUAAUUCAACGAAGAUAUUAAGGUAUUUCUCUUUAAGGAAAAUAAUUCCUGCGAAUUUCUUUCGCGAAACUUCACAGGAUUUCUAGGUAAUAUAUUGUGAAGUCAUCUGGUGGCUCUGCUGAUUCAGACACUUAUUGCUUAGCUGGAGCGUUAAUUCGUUCAUGAAUAUUCAAGUAACCAGGAAGUAAUUGUUUCUUGAAGUGUAAAGCUCAUGCUAAAGGGAGUUAGCAUAUUGACACUACCAUAGCGUUGUUGGAUGAUUCUCAGCACCACUGUUCCACCUUUUAUUUUAUGAAUAAAUAUUCGUAAAUAAGAAUUAUUGAUUUUCUAAAUGCAUAUUGAUUUCUGUUAUUUUUUUUAAAAUGCUCGCUAUGCAUUGUUUAUAUCUAUCUAUUACGAAUAUAUUCGCGAGUAAAAACAAGUUUGUAUUUACAAAAUAACUCAGCCGCACAAAUUGUGAGAAAGCAACCAAUGGAAAGUUUGGUUACGAAGCAGAUGUAUCCUAAACUUCCUCAACUAACAAACAUGAUAUCACAUUAUUUCAAAGCUUAGUCUUCAAGACUCCUGAGAUUCUGCUUCCGACAAUAAUGUUUCGUCGUUUCGACUAGACGAAAAGAAAUAAACGUGUAACGUUUUCGUUCUCCUUCUAUGUGUAUUAUAAUUCAGACAAAAAUUCAAUUACUAUAGGACACCGUCACGAUGUCCUUUCAAGAAGGAAGUAAGAAACUCGAUGUGUAUUAGUGAUAACAUUCGACCAAACUCGUAUUACUAUUAGGUCGAUCUAGUAAAAUGCUCGUUUCUCUUCUUGAGCGAAGAUUGUCGUUACUCAGAAUCUAUGAAUUUAUAAAUCUCUACUAGACUGUCCUGUCGCUAAGACCCUCUCGAACGGUUUAUAACGAUAAUAUUGAUACGAAACAGGUAGCGCUAACGAAAUAUCUGUGUACCGAUAUAUAUAUACGCAGUCCAUGCAAUCGAAGUUUACGAAAAAAAGAAAAAACGCUCCCCAUUACACGUGUAGUUAUACAUAUAUAUAUACUUUAGGCUAGGUACAUAUCAUCGCCUCCCCUUGAAAAGCAAAUCGAAGCAAUAAUUCUCACGUCGUUUCUUUUUCACUUCUUGUGUGCUUCGAUCAUACUUAACCAUAAUUUCAGUCAAUUUAAACAAAACAGAAAAAAAAAUGAACGAGAAAGUAUUCUAUUUAUUGACACGAUAUUAUUAUUAACAAACACAGACGCACGCAAACGCGCGCACACAACACACACACACACACACACACACACACACAUUAAAUGUAUUAUAUAAGAAGAAGUGUAUAUAUUAUUGGAUAUAAUGUGUAGGAGGAAGAGGACCUAUAUUUUUUCGCUACAGUUUUGUAAAUCGGUCACGUUGUUUUAAAAAUAUCAACAACUGCGUUGGUUUUUCCAUAGGAAUAUAUGUCGCGAAGUAAUUCUGAUGAUACGCAAAAAAGACAAAGAGAAUCAGAAAACUCUGCGCUGCCUCUUCUUUUUAUUUGAAACAAUGAAACGAAAGCGUGUUCGUCACUGUUCGUUUAUAUGAUACACACUGUCACACGGAUGCGCAUACGCCGAGAUAUACAAGGCACCUCGUAUGAAACGUUACAAGUUGUUUUCUUAGAAAAUUAUGAGGACAUCCGCUUCA